AAUUGAUGAUACAUUGUUCGCAUCUCAGAAUGAUCCAUUCACCCAAUGCGCCAAGAAUCGCAUUGCAAACCGUGAGGUUUGCAAGUAACAGCCAUAUGGAUCGACGGCGGCGGCGCUCUUGAGAAGCAUUUGCGUCGAGUCGCCAUACUGACCGUGCAUGUGCACACAUCAAUGUCCCAAGAACAAGGCCCGGGGCUUCUUCAGCCUCGUGUUGAGGCGUAUCUUGGCAGCCCCCUGGAGUCAGCCUGUGGCGCGAUCCACGACAUGUCCAAUGCGAUGGUAUCUCAAUCCAUCGCGGACUCUGAAGAUGUGUGUAGUAAAACUAGUACGGCAGUUCGGUAGUGCGAUAGCUCACCUAGACCUUAUCUUAACCCUGCUUUUAUGUUGAGUUCCGCGUACCGAUAAAAUGGGCCUUACUAAGUCGUGAUUAGAGCAAGUGUAUUUCUCGGCACUAGCCCUAAUCAGCGGACGAUUCCAGUCCGUUAAC